CUGCAGCUAGCUUGUUUCCAUGACAGCUCGUACAGCAGCUGUGUCACAGUGAGUGAGUUGUUGCUGCUUCGUUGACGCACCUGGUGCUGGAUUUUACGCUCGUUUACUAACCUGCCGCAGUGAACACGCACUGAAAAUGUUGUCCUACAUCAUUGGCCUGAUCCGGGGCGGAGUUGACAGCAUCAUCAACCUCAUCUUCAGACUCUUCUUCUCCAAGAGAAAAGCCGCUAUCACACUCGAGGACCCCAGCAUUAAGUAUGCACUGAGGCUCAUAGACAAACAGAUCGUCAGCCAUGACACAAGGAAGUUCCGGUUUGCUCUGCCAUCGCCUGAACACGUCCUCGGUCUCCCUAUCGGGCAACACAUCUAUCUGUCUGCUAAAAUCGACGGUAAACUGGUCGUGCGUCCGUACACACCUGUGUCCAGCGAUGACGACAAAGGCUACGUGGACCUGGUGGUGAAGGUUUACUUUAAGGGUGUAAACCCGAAAUUCCCUGAGGGCGGAAAGAUGAGUCAGUACCUGGAGAGUUUGAGGAUCAGUGACACCAUUGACUUCAGAGGACCGAGUGGUCUCCUCGUUUACAAAGGCAAAGGAUCUUUUGCCAUUCAGGCUGAUAAAAAGUCUCCAGCUGAGACAAAGACGGCCAAACAUGUGGGGAUGAUUGCUGGAGGGACAGGAAUCACACCGAUGCUGCAGCUCAUCACAGCAGUGAUGAAGGAUUCUGAAGACCAGACUGUUUGUCACCUGCUCUUUGCCAACCAGACGGAGAAGGACAUCCUGCUGCGGCCAGAGCUGGAGGAGAUUCAGGUGAACCACCCUGACCGCUUUAAGCUGUGGUUCACCCUGGACAAAGCUCCUGAGGAGUGGGAGUACAGCCAGGGCUUCAUCAGUGAGGACAUGGUGCGGGAACACCUCCCUCCUCCCGGUGAGGACACCCUCGUCCUCAUGUGUGGACCCCCGCCCAUGAUCCAGUUUGCCUGCAACCCCAACCUGGACAAGGUCGGCCAUGACGAGAGCCGCAGGUUCACCUUCUAGACGAGAGGUUUGGAGACAACUACAGAAGGCACUUAUGUUAAAUUCUCGCUCCUGCUAUAAAAAAGCAUUAAAGCACUCGUAUACUUUGAUAUUCAUCACGCAGUAGUUUGGACCAAUGAAUGGACAGAGGACGUUGAUUAUGACUGAAGUGUGUGUGUGUGGAAGUUUAGGACGUGAUUCCAAACAAAAAAUGAGAUGCACUGAGGCCUCAGUGUCGGACAAGAUAAGGGUUCUUUGUGCCUUAAACACAUGCAAAGCUUUCGUUAUGCACAGAAAAAUAAUCAUGAGUUGUUUCCGUUUAUAUAUCAGAGCAUUUAUAAUCACGGCUGUCAAACGUGUUGGAGUUCGUCUGUCGUGAUGUUAAAAACAUGUUUGUAUCAUAUGCAACAUAAAAAAAAGUCCAUGACUAUA